AUGGUCAAAGUAACUUUUAAUAUUUCAGGUGCAUUGGGUGAUUGUAGUCUUGUUCAAUGUAGAGGAGACCAACAAUCAUGUGGUACGCCAGGUCAAAAGUGUACAGAUGGAUUAUACUGCAACUAUGGUUAUGCAAUGCCAAUUUGCGAAUCAAAAUUCCCAGAGACUUCUGUGUGUUUUUCAGAUGCCCAAUGUGAAGAUGGUCUAGUAUGCUAUUCAAGUACCGGAGAUUAUACUGAUCAAAUAGCAGGAGAGAUUUGUAGAAAAACAGAUGAUUGUGCAAGAGGUUUAAUUUGUUCAGUUGCAACUGGAUUCUGUGAGUUAUUCAAUACCACUUGUACUACAGAUUUGCAAUGUCAAUACAAUCAAUUUUGUGAUCUUGGUAUUUGCACAGAGAAAUCAGCCAAGGGGGGCAAUUGCACAUCAGACAAUGGAUGUCAACCUGGUCAAGUUUGUGGAGAUAAUACCUGUAUUGGAAUGUAUUCUGUUGGAAUUGGUUCUCCAUGUACUCAUCCUCAAGCAUGUAAAAUCGGUGAUGGUUUAGGUUGUAAAGGAGGAUUUUGUGUAAAUUAUACUGAACCGGAUUCUGAUUCAGCUGUUAGUUGUAAUUCAUCAAGUACAUGUUUUGGAGGAGAUGGAUAUGUAGAAGGAUGUAUGUGCGAAUCCAAAGGAGACACUAUGGGUAGUUGUCAACGAAUUGCUGUCAUUUCAGAUACAUGUCAAACAUCAACCCUUGCCUAUUUUGCAUGUAUGUGGAAGAAUCAAUGUCCACUGGUCGAUAAUGCACUCAAUUACCAAUCUUGUCGUUCUGUUAAAUGUAGUAGCCAAUAUGAUGAUUAUUUAUCCGAUUGUAAUGAUUCAUCAUUCACUUGUCUAUCUUGGGCACAUAUACUCUCUCCUUCAACCUAUAUAUCAUUAACCAUUUCAAUAUUAUUAAUAGUAUUAUUUAAUUAA